AUGCGUGGGUUGUCGCUGUUGCUUGGUGUUCUCCUCUUGUUUGCACUCCUCUUCCUCGGCCUCCAUCUGAAGCCCACCACCGUCAUCUUCUCCAAUGAAGGCCUUGUCACCGCCUCCGCUCCACCCGCAGCUAAGCGAGAGUUCAGCCUCCUUAUCGGUAUCCUGACUCGCGCCGACCUCUACGACCGCCGCCACUUCCUCCGCUUCGUCUACGGCACGCAGGCCUCCUCCGUUGCCACCAUUCACGUCAAGUUCGUCCUCUGCAGGCUCACCAAGGCCGAGCAGCGGAUGCUGAUCGCGUUGGAGAUCCUCCGCUUCGAGGACAUCAUCGUCCUCAACUGCACCGAGAACAUGAACGCCGGCAAGACCUACACCUACUUCUCCUCUCUGCCAACCGUCCUCCCGCAUCACCGGAGCGACCUCUACUACUGUGCGGCCGUCCCGUGCUCGAGCAGGGACCCUUCCGUCGGGUACAUGUCGGGCAUGGAGUUCGUGCUUUCGUGGGACCUAGUGCAGUGGAUCGCCACGUCGGAGAUCCCGGCGAGGGAUACGAACCGGGUGGCGGAGAAGCCGGCGGCGAUGUACGAUUACCCGGGGACGAACGGGCGUUGCUCGCACGAGCUUAUCCCGGGGACGGUGGUGGUGCACCGGCUGAAGAGAUGGGACCGGUGGCUGCCUGUGCUCAGAUUCUUCAACGUGACCGAGGGCCUCAAGCCCUCCGAGCUCUACUAUAUCGAUCCUGAACGAAACUUAGCUGAAGAGCCCAUAUGCUAUAAUAAUGACAUCAUUGACACAUACUUUAUUCACUUAAGUAAAUCCAAACCCUGA